GACCUCCGACCUACUGGGCGUGAUUACACAAAUAUCAACCGUGCUGCGGAUGAUGUCGGAAAUCUGGCCUCCGUACGUGCUGCAGCAGUUGGUAUAUAUCCUCCCAAUACAUCUCAACCCGUGCCGAUCGGCAUCUCUGCUGGCAGCCCAACCUCUGCUUCAGAGGCACAAAAUGCCACACCAAAUCCCACUUGUUCUCCCAAUUCAGGUGCUUCACCAACAAACUUCACGACAUCUUCUUCACCUCCGAAAACCCUAUCAUCUUCAGUCGGCUCCCGAAACUCGGGAUGCCUCCUUCAUGGCACCGGACAGCGAAAACAUGGCUCACGGCAUCAUUCCAUGACCCAUAACUUGGAUCAGUGUUCCUGUGGUCGAUCACAGUCGAAUGCCUCCAACACUCCUAAUGCUUCCAAUACGUCAUUGUCUGCUGCCAGCGGGCGUCACUCCACCCCAGUGGUUACUGGACUACUUCAACGACUUACCAAUAGUGGUCGAUCGAAAGCACGCCCUUGA